AGUGGAUGAGAGUGUUUUCCUUCUGGGAGAGGCUGCUGUCCCCCUGCCCAGCCAGAAGCUGGGUGAUGAGGCCCGAGCUCUGCUGAUGUGCUGCGAAUUUUCCUCUCAGAUGGCAGGGACAGCACGGCACGAUCGAGAGAUGGCAAUCCAGGCCAAGAAAAAGCUCACCACGGCCACUGACCCCAUUGAAAGACUCCGACUGCAAUGCCUGGCCCGGGGCUCCGCAGGCAUCAAAGGACUCGGCAGAGUGUUUCGAAUUAUGGAUGACAAUAACAACCGAACUCUUGACUUCAAAGAAUUUGUGAAAGGGCUAAAUGAUUAUGCCGUGGUCAUGGAAAAGGAAGAGGCAGAAGAGCUCUUCCGGAGGUUUGAUAAAGAUGGAAAUGGAACAAUAGACUUCAAUGAAUUUCUUCUUACAUUAAGACCUCCAAUGUCUAGAGCCAGAAAAGAGGUAAUUAUGCAAGCUUUUAGGAAGUUAGACAAGACUGGAGAUGGAGUUAUAACAAUUGAAGAUCUUCGUGAGGUAUAUAACGCCAAACACCACCCUAAGUACCAAAAUGGAGAAUGGACGGAGGAACAAGUAUUCAGGAAGUUUCUGGAUAACUUUGAUUCACCCUAUGACAAAGAUGGAUUGGUGACCCCUGAGGAGUUUAUGAACUACUACGCAGGGGUGAGCGCGUCCAUUGACACGGAUGUGUAUUUCAUUGUCAUGAUGAGAACUGCUUGGAAGCUCUAAAUGUUUCGAAAGAAGAGUUUUUGAACUAUUACGCUGGUGUCAGUGCUUCUAUUGACACUGAUGCCUAUUUCGUUUUAAUGAUGACAAAAUCCUGGAGAUUAUGACUUUCUGUCUGUUAAUUCUUUUGGAAAUCGGGGACUCUCAGAGAGUGGAAUGACUUUGAAAGAAGUCCAAUGCUAUAGAUUCUUGAUAAGGUGUAAACUAGUUUCUGAAAGAUCUAGGAUUUUUAAAAGCAAUAGAUCUUCAGUCAUCUUACUUAAUGGCCUGGAACAUAUGCAUUGCUUAAAUGCCUGAGGAUAUAUUUUUAAAUCAGAAAGAAAGGAAGAACAGAAGGAAGGAAGGAAGCAAGCAAGCAAGCCAUGAAGUGAGACUGGCAAGUGGUUCUUCGGUGAAAUAAUGUACCUCUUGUUAUAGUUGUUCCUCUUACAGGGGUAAAUGUAGAUGUUUCCCCAAAUCUCUACUUGUUCCCUCUCUUUCCAGUCUUUAGCAGUGGGUGAUGAUAAAAAGAUUGGAAGAACAUCUGACUUUGUAAAAUUUCCUGAGCUUACUUAUU